AUGAGAAGGGCUUGGAGGUCUCUGCAGAGGUCCGGUCCGCAACGGCGCGAAUUGACGCGCUCGCCUGUUAUGGCUCGCUCCUACGAGGCUGCUAUUGCAAAGCUCAAUUCACUACAGACGAGCUCUGCGACCGUGCAGGAGCUCAGAAAAACUACACCACGGAAGGAUAUGAAUAUGCGCUCCCUCCCAGAGACAGUUGAGUGGCUUCGUCGCAUUGGACACAAGCCCUCCGAUUUAGAUUUGUUAAACCUGGUCCACAUCGCGGGCACAAAGGGCAAAGGCUCAACUUCCGCAUUCAUCUCGAGCAUCCUAUCUCAGUACACCAGGUCAGAGCCAGGUCAAUCCUCCCCGCGCCUCCAUAAAGUCGGCCUCUAUACUUCCCCUCAUCUCCUCUUCGUCCGCGAGCGCAUCAAGAUCGAUAAUGUGCCGCUUUCCGAAAAACAAUUCGCGCAGUAUUUCUUUGAAGUAUGGGAUCUUUUGGAAGAUGCAGCUAAGGCUGCUGGUGAAGAUCCUCUUAGCGCCAAGCCGCGAUACUUCCGUUAUCUCACACUGAUGGCAUUCCACACGUACUUGAGGGAAGGCGUUGAUGCUACGAUAGUUGAGUGUGGUGUUGGAGGAGAAUACGAUUGUACGAAUGUGAUUGAGCAACCCAAGGUGACCGCUAUCACUAGUCUUGGAAUUGACCACACUCUCAUGCUGGGUCCUACGAUCGAGGAUAUUGCGUGGCACAAGGGUGGUAUUAUGAAAUCUUCGGCUCGGGCUUUCACAGCACCGCAGGACCCAAAUGCGCAGCGAGUGUUGGCUGAGCGCGCUGCUGCUAAAGGCAUUAAGUUGGAUGUGGUAGUCGAGCAUCCUGAACUCCGCCAAGUGAAACUAGGACUGAAUGGCGACUUCCAAUAUACUAAUGCCUCUGUUGCAGUUGCCGUAGCUAACGAGUUCUUGAGAAGGGCUGGUGUGCCGGAAAUUUCUGACAAUAUUAUGGCCGACUCCCUCCCUGCUAAAUUUAAAACCGGGCUCGAGGAGACUCGGCUGGGUGGCCGCUGUGAGACUCGGUCUGAGAAGAAUGUGGCUUGGUAUAUUGAUGGAGCACACACGCUGGAGAGCAUCCACCUGGCUGGCCAGUGGUUUGCCUCGCAUAUCGAUGCCGAUUCAUCGAGUGACUUUGGCAUGAACAAGCUGCGAAUCUUGAUUUUUAACCAACAAACCCGGGACAGCCCGGCAUUGGCUCGUGCCCUUCAUGAGACCCUUGCCGCUGCAUUGGAAUCCGACAUGCCUUUUACACACGCACUGUUCUGCACAAAUAUCACAUACAAGCUGGCUGGCGUCCGUCCCGAUUUUGUUAGCAUGAACACAAAUGCUGAUGAUGUCGAGUUGCUCCGCGUACAGAAGUGUCUUGCAGCCGCCUGGAAUGAGAUUGAUCACAAUACCGAGACCCAAGUAUUCAGCACUAUCGAAGAGGCUGUUGACUUCGUGCGGGACCUGGCGGAACGUAACUCCGUUCAGCAGGGUGGAGUGCCCGUUAUGGCCUUUGUCACUGGCAGUAUUCAUCUGGUGGGUGGCUUCCUCGAUGUGAUUGAAACAAAGACAUACACAGAGGAUGUUUGUCGUGAAAAUUGGAGAUGA